AUGGCACCAUUUCGCUACGUCACUUUUGCCGCGGCGCUCUCUGUCGGUCUCUGCGCGGUGGCCCAAGCAUUGGAACCUGGCGCGGAACCGUUCGUUCAUGGGACGCUAACGUUGAAUGGAAAGACAUAUCGAGCCGUAUGCAACUGUAAUGAAGGCAUGACUGACGUUGAGAAAACGCUGGCUCAAGUCGCGCCGAUUUGCAACCCUAGCAAAGUGAAAAUUAAUCAAGGUCAUUCUUCCGCUAUCGGACUUAAUGCAGCUGACGUUCGGGCAAACUGGGGUCAGCCGUCCGACGUGACAUUUGCAAGGGUCAAAGAGCGCUAUUUUUCGUGCCUGGACGAUCGAACCACGGAGCCGUCGAUGAGUACCCCCGGAGGAGAUCUCGGUGAAUUCGCACUCGCUCUUGCUGUUAGUGGCGUCCCGUACGAUGAGGCGACCGCGACAACGCUGCUGAGCAACUACUUGGCCACUACUCCACAGAAUAGGCUGUUUUAUCACUGCACCGAUGAAGCGGCACUGUCGAUCUUCGACCGGUCCCUUGGCAUCGUGAGCACCGCCCUCAGACUAGCGCCCACCAAGAAGCAGCUCCCUUCUCCAGGAGGGACUGGAUCUGGCACAGCCCGAUCCAGCCUUGCAGUCCGAGAUCAAAACAGCGCUGGAACAACCACGGAACGUAAGAUGUUGUAG